CGUACUCUGUCUGCUGCUGUCGAGUAUAAGCUGUCUGUGGUGAGCCCAUAGCACAGCCACUCCUGUGACUCACAGUUACACACGCUCACACAGAGGCAGGUGUGUGUGGCCAGCAGCGCACGUUCCCUCAGUAGAAGGUCGUACAAAAUUUUGCAUUAUUUGGAUUUAUUUUUUAAUUUUUGAGACAUUUUUUAUAAACAAAACAUCGCCAUUAUGUUGUGGACGGCGAGUCAAGUCUUAAGGAAAUUCUCCACUUCGUCCCAUUAUUACCAGAACAAACUUAAACUAGCUAUAAUUGGCCAAAGCCUGUUCGGCCAGGAGGUGUACAGCAACCUGAGGAAGCAGGGUCACAAGGUGGUGGGUGUGUUCACAGUCCCUGACAAGGAUGGCAAGGCCGACCCCCUGGCGGUGGCGGCGGAGAAAGACGGGACGCCUGUGUUCAAGUUCCCACGGUGGCGGGUCAAGGGGAAGCCCAUCCCAGAGGUGGUGGAUGCAUACCAGGCGGUGGGCGCCGAGCUGAACGUCAUGCCCUUCUGCUCCCAGUUCAUCCCCAUGAACAUCAUUGAUCACCCCAAGCACGGCUCCAUCAUCUACCACCCCUCCAUCCUGCCACUUCAUCGAGGCGCCUCGGCCAUCAACUGGACCCUGAUCCACGGUGAUAAGAAAGCUGGCUUCACGGUGUUCUGGGCUGAUGAUGGACUGGACACCGGACCAAUCCUGCUGCAGAGGGAGUGCGCUGUAGAGCCAAACGACACUGUAGACACACUCUACAACCGCUUCCUCUUCCCAGAGGGCAUCAAGGCUAUGGUGGAAUCGGUGCAGCUCAUUGCUGAUGGAAAGGCCCCUCGUAUUCCCCAGACGGAGGAAGGAGCAAGCUAUGAAGGCAUUCAGAAGAAAUCCAACGCCAAGGUCAACCUGGCCCAGCCAGCUGAGGCCAUCCACAACUGGAUCCGCGGCCAUGACAAAGUCCCUGGUGCCUGGACUGUCAUUGAUGGUCAGUCCGUGACCCUGUAUGGCUCAUCCCUGUUGGGAGGGUCGGUACCAGCCGGUCAGCCCCUGGAGAUAGAGGGGGCAUCCCAGCCUGGCCUGGUCUCCAAGAAUGGACUUGUCCUGUUUGGAACUGAUGGGAAGCCUCUGCUGGUGAAGAGCCUGCAGUUUGAAGAUGGGAAGAUGAUCCCUGCUUCCAAAUACUUCUCCUCCGGGGAAAGCUCCAGUGUAGAGCUGACUGAUGAUGAGAAGAAGAUGGCAGAGGAGAUCAGGAACAUCUGGAAGAGCAUCCUCAGCAACAUCCCAGCCAUCGAGAACAGCACAGACUUCUUCAAGUCUGGAGCUGCCUCCAUGGAUGUGGUCAGACUGGUGGAAGAGGUGAAGCAGAAAUGUGCCGGCGUCCAGCUGCAGAACGAGGACGUGUACAUGGCUACCACCUUCCAGGACUUCAUCCAGAUGUUCGUCCGCAAGCUGAGAGGAGAGGACCAGGAGGAGGAGCUGGUCAUCGACUAUGCAACCAAAGAAGUGAACAACAUGACGGUGAAAAUGCCCUACCAGUGUUUUAUCAACGGCAAGUUCGAGGAUGCAGAGAAUGGGAAGACCUACAAUACCAUCAACCCGACUGAUGGAUCAGUGAUCUGUAAGGUGUCAUACGCCUCAGUGGCGGAUGUGGACCGGGCGGUGGCAGCUGCCAAAGAAGCUUACGAUAAUGGACCCUGGGGCAAGAUGAACCCUAGAGAUAGAGGAAGUCUGCUUUACAAGGUUGCAGACCUGAUGGAGGAACACCAGGAGGAGCUGGCCACCAUCGAGUCCGUCGACUCAGGAGCUGUGUACACACUAGCCCUUAAGACACACGUAGGCAUGUCCAUCCAGACCUUCCGAUACUUUGCCGGCUGGUGUGACAAAAUCCAGGGCAAGACAAUCCCCAUCAACCAAGCCCGGCCCAAUCGCAAUCUGACCUUCACCAGGAAAGAACCUCUGGGUGUGUGUGCCAUAGUCAUACCUUGGAAUUAUCCUCUCAUGAUGUUGGCGUGGAAGAGUGCUGCCUGCCUCGCAGCUGGAAAUACGCUCGUUCUUAAACCUGCACAGGUCACUCCAUUGACGGCGCUGAAAUUUGCUGAACUGUCAGUGAAAGCUGGCAUUCCAAAAGGAGUUAUAAACAUUUUGCCAGGCUCAGGUGGCAUGGUGGGACAGCGUUUGUCUGACCACCCGGACAUCCGCAAGCUGGGCUUCACUGGCUCCACACCUAUUGGCAAACAGAUCAUGAAGAGCUGUGCUCUCAGUAACCUGAAGAAGGUUUCUCUGGAGCUGGGAGGGAAGUCACCUCUCAUCAUCUUCAGUGACUGUGACAUGGACAAGGCUGUUCGCAUGGGCAUGAGCUCUGUCUAUUUCAACAAAGGUGAGAACUGCAUUGCUGCUGGACGUCUGUUCGUGGAGGAGUCCAUUCACGAUGAGUACAUCAGCCGAGUGGUGGAGGAGAUCAAGAAGAUGAAGAUCGGAGACCCACUGGAUCGCUCCACAGAUCACGGCCCGCAGAAUCACAAAGCCCACCUGGACAAGCUGCUGGAGUACUGUGAGGUCGGAGUCAAGGAGGGAGCUACGCUGGUGUACGGAGGCAAACAGGUGGACAGGCCAGGUUUUUUCAUGGAGCCCACCGUGUUCACCGACGUGGAGGACCACAUGUUCAUCGCCAAAGAGGAGUCCUUCGGCCCCGUCAUGGUGGUGUCCAAAUUCAAAGAUGGCGAUGUGGAAGGCGUGCUGCAGAGAGCCAACGACACAGAGUACGGCCUGGCCUCGGGCGUGUUCACCCGCGACAUCAGCAAGGCCAUGUACGUGAGCGAGCGACUGGAGGCUGGAACUGUAUUCGUCAACACCUACAAUAAGACUGAUGUAGCUUCACCUUUUGGUGGCUUCAAGCAGUCCGGCUUCGGCAAAGACCUCGGAGAGGACGCUCUCAUGGAAUACCUCAAGACCAAAGCGGUGACUGUGGAGUACUGAGACACAGACUCUCCUAAUGAACUCACAUCCGAACAGGAAGGGACUCGUCUUUCUGCUUCAGUCAGACAUCCAGCUUCAUUAAGCAGAUACUUCUGGACAGUGUGUGUGUGUGUGUGAGUGUGUGUUCUGUGCGAAAGAGGGAGAGAGCUUUGUUGUUUGUCUCAGCGUGGACAACGUUCCUGUCUUCUCCUUGGCCCUGCGUCGAAAUUCACAUCACGGACAGGAGACACGCGUGGUUUAUGCCCGUCCGCAUGUCCACACAUAAAAUGCCGGGCUGAACUCCUGAUGGGAGCCGAGCCUGGCUCUGGCUGUAUUUUCAGCUCCGUCAAAGUGUGUUUUAUGUUAAAACACACCCACCACUUCAAAUGUGAAAUCUGUUUUCCCAGUAUUAUUAAUGAUGUCAAUCAGUUUGGUUCAGGAUUUGGAAAUCAUCUGAAGGCGUGACCUUUUCUCACUCAUUUGUUAUGCUGCCUUCACCAUCCCUUCGCCUCGUACUUUACUCCUUGGCAGCUUCUGAGCUGUUGUGUACUGCAUCAGAAGAAGUUGAGUUAAAGGCACAAUAUGCAGGAAUUUUCUGGCAAAAAAGAAAUCAAUGCAUUAACUCAAAAUACAAAUAUCAUCACUUAUGACCUCCUAGUGUCUGUAUAGGCAGAGAUCCUGCCCUCUGCCUGAAAUUUCUUGUUUUAUUAAUAUUUUUACAGUGUUGGGACUCGGCAUCAGCAGUUGAGGACAAAGAGAUGAGUCUCAUACCCUGAUUGUCCAAUAUUGAUUUGAUUUGAUGUGAUUUGAUGACCUGGGAAUUAGACUCAGCAGAGAACUGUCUUUUCUCCAGAAUCCAGAAUUAAUGGUGUGUUUACAACCAGCAACUGACAAAUUCUGCAUAUUAUGCCUUUAAAGAGUAGCUUAAACAGCAGGCUGAAAACCACUGUGGCUCAAAGGGUGCUUUUCAUUACGCUAAAUUUUGCUUCCUCUCGUCCUCUCUCCUCCCGUGACCCGAAGAGCGUUUACCCUCCGCCAUCAUGGAAGAUCUUGCGAUCCUUUAAACGCACCUCGAGGAUACAAGGAGAUGAGGAGCUAAGAGUGAGGAAACACACGUGUAACCUCAGCAGAAGUUAUUUUAUAGGAUAGCAACACCUCUUUGAUUAAAUAUGGUAAAUAGUCGGACUGUAGUACAGCAGAUCAGAAAAUGACAAGGUUUGAACAGGAAUGAUGAAGGGAUUGGUGACACUGUUUUAUUCUUAAUAUUUGAGUCUUAAUGUGGACAAAUGUCACAACGGCCAAAAGCAAGUUGGUAAAGAAACAUACUUUGUUGGUAGACUUUUCUUUCAGCAUACUCUUCGAAUCAAUUUUUCUUGAAACUUUCACGGGUUCGCUCGACAGUUGACAUGUAGUCACUAUAUUUUUUGGCACACAGCUGUGACAUCCAAUAUUUGAGAUUUAGCUGCUUCAUAGCAUCAUAUUCACAAGCCGUGUCGUGAGGAAGGCCACGAAAGACAUUUAGCACGGAUGUCUGUCGCGAAAAGAGUAACACCAAUUCAGUUGUUUGUCACAUUAAAAUGGAUGUCCGAUCAGAUGAUCAGAUGUCCGAGUACAUUUCAAUGCAAAAUUAGAUUUUUUUUUGUAAAUAUUUUUUAACAAACAAGGGGAAAAGGACUAUUUGAUAUAUAUUUUGUCAGACAGAGUAAGACUAUAUGUUAUAACACUAUAUCAUGUUGGAUAAAGACACGCCAGCUAGAUGUUUUUAUGCAUCACUAAUGUGCAGAAGUUGUGAAAUGAGUUUUCUCUCUGUCUAUCUGGCAUAAGAAGCAAGAGUAUUCGUCUCACCAUUUGUGAAAAAAAGGUGAGAGCUGCCCCAACAAUGAACAGCACACCAUACAAUGUUAAAUAAACUCUGAUUUGAAUUCAUUGUGAA